UCUCUCUCUCUCGCUGCUUUGAAAAUGCAACAAGUCGAAGAAGUCCACCACGAAGCGGCGCCCGUCUUCCCGCCGCCGCCCGCCCGCAGCGAUCGCCCUGCAGCCCACGUCCCGUCCAUGGAUGCGUACCGAUCAAUGUACCGCGAGUCGGUGGAGGAUCCCGACCGCUUCUGGGGCCGGAUUGCCGCGCGCGAGUUCUCGUGGGAGACACCGUUCAUUCUCCCCGGCGAUGCUGCUGCCUCUGCCUCGGCGAUCGCGAGCAAGCCAGACGCUGAAUCGCACGCCAACGGCAACGCGACCACUGCGGCUGCUGCUGCGGCUGCCCCUGCGGCGGCGGAUCCGACCAAAGUCACCUCGCAGCAGAGCAACUUUGACGUCCGCACUGGUCCCGUUGCAAUCAAGUGGUUUGAGUCGAGCCGCACCAACUUGGCCUACAACUGCCUCGAUCGCAACGUGCACGAACGCGGCCUGGGCGACAACGUGGCCUUCUUCUGGGAAGGCAACAAUCCCGAACAAGCUUCCAAACUGACCUAUCGCCAGUUGCUCGAUCGAGUCUCUCGUUUUGCAAAUGUGCUCAAGUCCUUUGGUGUCGCUAAGGGCGACACUGUGGGUGUCUACAUGCCCAUGGUGGUUGAGCUUCCGAUUGCAAUGCUGGCCUGCGCCCGCAUUGGUGCUAUUCACUCUGUCAUGUUUGGCGGCUUCUCGCACGAAGCGAUCGCCGGCCGCAUCUUGGACGCCAAGUGCAAAGUCAUUGUUACCGCUGACGGUGUUUUCCGUGGCGAAAAGGUCAUCCCCCUCAAGCACAUUAUGAACAAGGCCAUCGAGCACUGCGCCGAGCAAGGCUUUGCUGUUACGGCUACCAUCGUGCUUGCGCAUCUUGGCAACCUUCCCGAGGAAGAAAAGCGCUCACUUGAUCGCGAUUGGCUCAAGCUGGAAGCGGAAGCAUCCCCCGACUGCCCUGUUGAGUGGCUCGAGGCCGAGCACCCGUUGUUUAUGCUCUACACCAGCGGCUCGACUGGUCGACCAAAAGGCGUCGUUCACACCCAAGCUGGCUACAUGGUCUGGGCAGCCACGACAUUCAAAUAUGUAUUUGACUACCACCCGGGCGAUGUGUACUGGUGCACAGCUGAUUGUGGCUGGAUUACGGGCCAUUCCUACGUCACUUAUGGUCCUCUUCUCAACGGAGCAACCAGCGUGCUGUUCGAGGGCAUCCCCACUUACCCGGAUGCCGGUCGCUGCUGGCAAGUCAUUGACAAGUACCAGGUCACGCAGUUCUACACUGCUCCGACCGCCAUCCGUGCCCUGAUGAAGUUUGGAGAUGAAAUUGUUGCUCGAUCCUCCCGCGCCAGCCUUCGCAUCUUGGGCACGGUCGGCGAACCAAUCAACCCCGCCGCCUGGCUGUGGUACUUUAAUGUUGUGGGCGAGGGCCGUUGCCCGAUCGUCGACACUUGGUGGCAGACCGAGACGGGAGGGUUUAUGAUUACACCCUUCCCUGCUGCGACGCCAUGCAAGCCGGGCUCGGCAACGUUGCCGUUCUUUGGCGUUGUUCCGGCCCUGAUUGACUCCCAGGGCCGCGAAGUCGAGGGCGAGGGCGAAGGCAGCCUGGUGAUCAAGCAGUCCUGGCCCGGCCAGAUGCGCACCGUGUUUGGCGACCACAAGCGGUUUGAGGAGACGUACUUUUCGCAGCACAAAGGGUACUACUUUUCGGGCGACGGCUGCCGUCGAGAUGAGGAUGGCUACUACUGGAUCACCGGUCGCAUUGACGACGUGCUGAUGGUCUCUGGCCACCGCAUUGGCACUGCCGAGGUGGAGGGUGCGCUCGUUGGUCACGAGGGUGUCGUCGAGGCUGCCGUGGUUGGCUACCCGCACGACAUCAAGGGCGAGGGCAUCUACGCGUUUGUCACCCUUGCGGAAGGCUUCAAGUUCACCCCAGAGCUCGUCCAGCACUUGAAGCUCGAUGUGCGUGAGAACAUUGGCGCGUUUGCCUCUGUUGACAUUUUCCACGAGGCGCCCGCCCUGCCAAAGACGCGCAGCGGCAAAAUCAUGCGUCGCAUCCUGCGCAAGAUUGCUGCUGGCGAAACCGACAUUCACAGCUUUGGUGACACGAGCACUCUCGCCGACCCCAACGUGGUUGAGAUGCUCAUUUCCACCCGACCCGGUCAUUAA